UUGCUCGGUAUUGUGAGCCGCUGUAUCAUCCGACGAACCCAGGCCCUUCUUACCAAGUACCUUCCAGUCAAAAUUGAACAGGUUGUAUGCUGUCGUCUAGUCCCUAUCCAAGCUCAAGUUUAUGCGGAGUUUGUCGAGAGGAAAGCACGUGAAGUGACCUCUCGUUUCAAGGGUUCAGAAAAGGGCGUCUCCAUUUCCAGUCUGGCCUCCAUCACACACUUGAAGAAACUGUGCAAUCAUCCGGACCUGGUUUACGACAAGAUCCUUGCCGGUACCGACGGAUUCGAGGGUACAGCCGCCUAUUUUCCUCCUGGAUACGCUACCAGUUUCAACACGAAUCGACCUGCUCCACCUGAAUUGUCCGGGAAGUUUCAAGUGCUGGAUUGCAUCUUGGCCCUUGUUCGUGCUACCACCAACGAUAAGGUUGUUUUAAUUUCAAAUUACACCCAGACCCUGGAUCUCUUCGAACGCCUCUGCAAACACCGGAGGCAAGUUGCAGUAUUCGUCUUUUUCUUCAUUUUGAUUUCUAAGCAGUCCAAAGAACUGGUAUUUAUGCUAAGCAGUAAGGCUGGCGGAUGUGGCCUCAAUCUUAUCGGUGCCAACCGUUUGGUGAUGUUUGAUCCUGAUUGGAACCCAGCUAACGAUGAACAGGCCAUGGCUAGGAUUUGGCGUGAUGGACAGAAAAAGCAGUGCUACAUCUACCGCCUCAUAUCGGCGGGGACAAUUGAGGAGAAAAUGCUCCAACGUCAGGCCCACAAGAAAGCUCUCAGCAGCUGUGUGGUAGAUCAGAUGGAAGAAGUGGAACGGCACUUUAGCCUGGGUGAACUGCGUGAACUGUUUUCCUACCAUGCAGACACACUCUCCGACACCCACGACAAGUUCAGGUGCAAACGAUGUGUAAACAAUAUCCAGACUAAACCACCACCUGAGGGUUCGGACUGCAGCUGUGAUCUAUCCGCCUGGCACCACUGCUAUUCUCGAAAGGCUCUAGAGGACUUUAUUCUGAAGGGCGCUUGGGACACGGAACAAAUUUCCUUUGCUUUCUGGCAGCGUUCUCAUGAAGAACAACGGAAAACUGUUUAA